ACAGCAAGCGUUGUCGAUCACUGCGCUCUAACCAGUAGUGAGGAGAGCUUCAAAGACACGCUCAUUCAAAAACAUGAACUCAUUCACAGUCUUCGGUCCGGUUCUGUUGAUGUGGUCUUGCUACUUUAAGACAAGUUGGUCCAAUGUGACUGCUGAUUAUGACAGUUAUUCCAUCUCCAACUUCGACUCCACCCCCAACUUUGAUUAUGGAAGCUAUGUUAGUCUGUGUGAGAAAGAUGCCAACCGAAACUUCCGCUCCUGGUUCCAACCUGCAGUUUAUAGCAUUAUCUGCUUCCUGGCUCUCUUGGGAAACUUCCUGGUCAUCCUCACCUACCAUUAUUUCAAGCGGCUUAAGACGAUGACUGACAUCUUUCUGCUGAACCUGGCCGUGGCUGACCUGCUCUUUGCUCUCUCUCUGCCCUUUUGGGCAGCCAGCAUCAUGUCCAAAUGGCCUCUUGGCCAGUUUCCAUGCAAGGCCAUGCACGCCAUCUACAAGAUCAGCUUCUUCAGCGGGAUGUUCCUCCUGACCUGCAUCAGUGUGGACAGGUACUUUUCCAUCACCAAAGCUGUGUCUGCCCACCGCUGUCGCUCCAGCGCCAUGCAAUAUGGACAGGUAUCUUCAAUGGUCACUUGGGUGAUGGCUGUGGUCUUUUCACUGCCCGAGAUCAUCUACUCCGGCGUCAAUGUCAAUAGCACCUGUGUGGCAUUCAUGAAAGGGCAUGAAGAUCUAAGGACCUCCAUGCAAGUCAGCCAGAUGGUCCUUGGUUUUGUGCUGCCAGCACUGGUCAUGGGCUUCUGUUAUAGCUGUAUCAUCAAGACCCUCAUGCAAGCCAGGAACUUUGAAAAGAACAAAGCCCUGAAGGUCAUCUUCGCUGUGGUGGCUGUCUUUAUUGUUAGCCAGUUGCCAUAUAACGUGGUGAUGGGCCUGACCACACAAAACAGUACCACCUGUGAAUACGACAACCACCUCCUUUAUGCCAUGGACUUGACCCGGGGCAUCGCCUUCCUGCGCUGCUGUGUCAACCCCUUCUUGUACGCCUUCAUUGGAGUGAAGUUUCGCAAUGACCUCCUGAAGCUGAUGAAGGAUAUGGGAUGUAUCAGCCAGAGGCAUGUCAUAUAUUCCUGUGGCAAACGCAAGUCCUCAGCUGGAUUCGAGACCGAAACUACCACCUCGUUCUCCCCCUGAACCUGUAUUAUGUAUUCCUGACAACAAUCUCAUAUUGCAAAGCUUUGCUCUUUUAUAUUUGCUUGAAUGCAAUGUUACCCCCCUUCUGGGUUGAUGGGGUGCUGCAGCCCAUCCCAGCGGUCAAUGGGCAGAAGGCCGGACACACCCUGGACAGAGUGGCCACAACUACAUAAUUCACAAAUUAUUUUAUAUUAGUUACUGAAUUAGUUUUAGUAUUAAUAACUGACUAAUAAACCUGGGACUCACUCUUUAACUCUUUAAACGCCAGGCUUGUUAUUCAUUUAUUAUUUAUUAAAGAAAUUAUUUUGGAUUGUAACUGAUUGAAUGUAGUAUCUAUGUACAGAUUAGAGUAGAUUGGGUUUAAGAUCAGGAUUAGGGUUAGGUUUAGGCCUAUAUUAGGAAAAUAAAAGUAAGUAUUUACAUUUAAUAGAUGUUUUCUUGAAAGUGAAACAAAUGUUUCUGCCAAGCAUCCACAGUGGGCUGUCCAAAUAAAGCGUUACUGUUAUUUGAUGACCACUGCACUGUGAAACUGUUGUAUUGGGUUCAUGGUUAAUAAAAUGAGGAACUGAAAUCUGUACUUGUUGAUGAAUCUGUUAGGAGGUAUAUAGGACAUGGUUAGAAUUUUUUUCCCCCAAGUGAUUUCAUUGUGAUUGUCUUGUUCCAUAUAGCUUUAUCAUGUAUACAAAGAUUUUCUGAGUGUUUCUAAUAUAGAAGAAGACUUCAGCUGCUGAACUCUGUAAUGUUUAUUGAUUUACUAUUUCUAAAAUGUACAUUCUCUGGAGUUCAGAACUCCCUUUAAGUCAAAUCUAGCAUAUGAGAUAAAUAACCUGAGUAACGUCUUCAUCGAAGUGAAAGGUCACAGAAACCUGCUGAUGAUAGUCCUGCUGCACCUUAUUCAGAAGGAUUGCUUUGUUAAAGGCUGCUUCUGUUCAAGCAGUUCCAAUGUGAUCUGUCUUAUGUUGCAUUCUAUAUUGCUUCAUCAAUUAUAAAAGUGCUUUUCAGGAUGUGUCUGGCAAGUUGGAGACAACAUCUAAAAUGUUAUUGACAUUGAAUAAAGUUUAGUGUAUGAAAUGAAA